CCGGCAUCGACAUCGCGGGCGGAGCCAGAUCGCGGUUCGCGGGUUCUGUGGGCAAAGAAGACAGAGCUUGCUGCUCUCUAGCUUGGUGGGGGGUAGGGUGUUAAGUAGCUGACGACGUCACCUCUACUCAAAAGGCUGCAUGCGCCGGGCAUCAACUGACACCUGUCCAGUCUUUAUCCAUGCUAGUUUGAGUUCUCCGGUGUAGCCACGUGGUUCAAGCACUUCGUAACGUCGAGCAGUUGGUUUCAACAUGGCGGACCUGCUGUGGGAAAUCGACAUGUUUCUAUAUUUAACUGCCCCUGCGUCUGAACAAGCGGUUUUGUGCCCUCCGGUUCCCAACACUCAAGGAGAAGAAUUAGACAUACCAGACGUAGAAUGCCGUCAGAACAUGGAGGUUUUACAAGAGGAACUGCCCGCACCUUCAACCUUCGAGUUUGGCGAGCAACAGUUAGACGGCGCUGUGUCAUUCGACGACGAACUAGCCGACGGUAUAUCAGUUUCAGAAUACGAUUUUACCAUAGAUGACGUAGAUAAAGAGAUGGACAUGGCCUUCCUGCCAAGCAGCCCGUGUUCGUGCGAGAGUGAAGUGGACUUACACUCCAUGAAUGAAGAGUCCCAUUUGAGCACUGUAGAGGUGACGUCCGAGGAUGACACAUUGAACGAACUCAUGUAUGAGGACGAAUAUACCCCUGAAGUAGAUACCAUGAAACUCCACGAAGUACCAGAGAUUUCUCCAUUAUUCCCGGCUUCGAUAAUACAAGAAAACGGGGAUAUGACCAGGGAUAGACAAAUACGCAGGACACCCAAUAGUAUUCAAAAACGUAACGUGCAACACUAUCGAAAGAACCCAGCGCGUUCCAGUAAAAGCGACAGCGUUAUCAUGGUGCCGCAGCAGGAGAAAGACAUUGCACUACAGCAGAAACGUGCAUAUUCGUAUUCACGCGAAUGGUCAUGUGAUCCUCACGAGCCUAGGAGGAAGCGGCCAGCGUUUGACCGGAUGUCGACACAUCAUUCUGCUCUCCUCACUUCUCUGGGACGUUGUGAAGAAACUGAGCUAAGAAAACAAAAAACAUGGAACGCUGCAUCAAUACACAGACGCAGGCACCAGGUCAAAGUUGGAUGUUCAGGAUCUUCCACAAGUUUCCUUAAUAGGAACGUUCAAUGUCUUCGAAUAGCGCCAGUGAGCAACGCGCAAAAUUCUGCAAUACUGGCAAGCCGAGACGGACAGGGACGCCGAAAGGAGAAUUAUCGCACGCAAAGGCUUCCGCACACCAGAGGAGCGCAGUUCAGGUGUGAUGGUCUUCUCAACAUGUCCAGAACAGACAGUGUCCGAAGACUUCCCACAGUGGAUGCAGCAGUUUACGAGACGGAAUACGAAGCUACCGCGGACGGAUAUUAUUUCGAUAAUGCGAGAAACGAUGACACGCACGGUACGCUGCCAGCGCAGAUGGAAGAUGGUGAAGUUAUUGACGGCGAUAAGCCAUAGCAAGCACGGCAUCGAGCCAGAUCCUCGUGGUUGCGGCACAAAAUUCCAAGAAUGAAAGGGAGAGACGGCGCAGAUGUCAGGAAAGUCGCUUCUUGCUGCAAAACUGUAGUGCACAUUGAGCAGCAAAAUUUCCCAAUUUAUGUGGGAGGUACAAUAUAUGCAACAUACAUGGAUUGAGAAGAGCAUAUAGCGUUUGGGGAAUGUGCCGGAAGGUUGCGUGAAUAUUGCAAAUCACUGCACAUUGGUUAGGCAGAGUUUUCACAACGAGUCCCACUUUACGCAGCAGUCUCGUUUAGUAAACAAUGUACCAGAAAGCAGA